CGCGCGAAACGUUUCACAGUCUAUACUAGUAUCACCUUAUCAUGUCAAUUGCACGACCAGCGACCAAACUACCCGCGGGCGCCAACCGCAUUCUCUUCGUGAAGAACCUCAACUACAACAUUACUGGCGACGACUUAUACGAGCUUUUUGGUCGGUAUGGAAGCAUUCGGCAGAUAAGACUGGGGGUAGAAUCAAACACGAAGGGAACUGCCUUUGUCGUCUAUGACGACGUAACUGAUGCGAAAAAUGCUUUGGAACACUUGAAUGGUUUCCACCUGCAGGAGCGCUACAUCGUCGUGCUCUAUCAUAUGCCUUCUCGGCAGGACGCCGCUGCUGUUAAGGCAGAAAUCGCUCGUCGUGAAGAAGAACUAGCGCAGCUAAAGGCAAAGCACGAUAUUGGCGAGGAGAUUUGACCACCACACGGACACACAAUUUGCUUCCUCCGCUUGCUCCAGUCGUCCAGGUUAUUUCGUCUGAUGUCUUCGGAGCACACGCAACAAGCGAUAGCACCUCUCUCAGGAUGCUCCGCCGCUACCCCCAUUUACUCAAGUGGGACUCUAAGUGAGCGAGCAGUGCAUGUUAUCUUUCACUACAUUGUUUUUAUGUUUGAUUAGUCAGCAUCUACGUGGCUUGUACACUGCAUGAAUUCGAUCCCUGUAUGACACAGUAACUAUAUAAUUUCCC